UGCGCGACAGGAGCCUGGCGAAGGGGUUAGUCCCCGGUGGGGAAGCUCCUUGAACGACUAGGACACCUCGGGCGAGCCCCGGGGACCUUAAGGAGGGGGAAAUGUGGGAUGCAAAUGAUGGCCCUUGGGCGGGGCGAGGCUGAAAGUUGCAGGACUCAGAGAGGACCCUGACUGGAAGGCCGGAGACCUGGGUUCUGGUCCGCGUUCGGCUGUGGACUCGCUGAGAGACCCUAGGCAAGUCGCUUUGCUCAAUUUUCCCCACCGGAUAGAGAGAAUCUGUGCGUCCGGAAGCCCCUCACAUCCCUAGCUGGCUGGCUGUGUGGUUGGGUGGAGAUCUCUCGAGAUCUGCGCGUCGCAGGCGGCGAGCCCCUUUUCUGCUAGCCCCCACAAUAGACCAAUAGCUUGGGCCGCGGCCCCGGCUUCCCCAGAAUGGCGUUGCCUGCGGCGGAGGCCUCCUGGCGUCCCCAGGCCUGUGGCUGGGUCCCCGUGGCACCUCCCUCCGUGGGGGCCGUGAGGAGCCGUCCAGCGAUCAGCCUGAUGAAAGGAUCAGAGAACUAUCAUUCCUAUGUGCGCAUUUGUAUUUAAGAUAGUAAGUGUCUGGACACUGUUGAAGACGCCAGCGGUGCUCCCGCCAGAACAGAGACACUAGCAGAGGGCCAAGCCUUCAAAGACCUCAGGGACUUCUCUCAGUACCCACAGAAAUCUACACCCUGGCAAUGACACGUAGGGACUUUUUCUCGCUCUACGUCUGAAUGACUGCCAAGAAGGAAGGCAAAGGUAGAACAGUUGGAUCUCUGGCUCUCCCCGUAGCUUCUAAUCUCAAACCCUAUUAAACUCCUUUCUGAACCCAAGGACAAAGCUCACUUGAACAAAUGAUUUUGAGUCAUGAAUGAAAAAUCUUGCUCUUUCCAUAAUGAGAAAGAAUUAAAAAAUGGACAGAUUGAAGGUGUGUCUGCUGGGUAUUCUCCACCAUGUGACAAGGACAACAGCGCUCUUCUGGCAUUCCGAGAAAUUCCUAUCUCACAGUUGAAGAACCACCGCAUCCUUCAGGCCCUGACAGCAGAAGCCUGUGGAUGGGCGCCGGGCGUUGUGAGCACGGAGGUGCUCAGAGCCCAAGGAGAAUGGGAAGCCGUGGACAACAUCCAGCCAGAGACAGGGAGCCAAACCAGCUCAGACCAGCCUGGGCAGCUCAUCUCCUUCAGUGAGGCGCUGCAGCAUUUCCAGACUGCUGACCUCUCCUCCUUCAAGAAAAGAAUCCAACCAACAAUCCGACGGACUGGGCUCGCUGCCCUCCGGCACUGCCUCUUCGGGCCUCCAAAGCUCCACCAGGGCCUCCGUGAAGAAAGGGACUUGGUCCUGACCAUUGCUCAGUGUGAGUGCACUGGUGAGGUCAGGCAGACAGCACUGUUGGCCCACCCUGGUGGCCUGGAUAGCCAAGACCCAGUGCAUGGCCGAGUCCUCCAGACCAUCUACAGGAAGCUGACGGGCUCCAAGUUUGACUGUGCCCUCCUCGGAGAUCACUGGGAAGAUCUGGGCUUUCAGGGAGCAAAUCCAGCCACAGACCUGAGAGGAGUGGGCUUCCUCGCCCUCCUGCAUCUGCUGUACCUGGUGAUGGAUGCAAAGACCUUGCUGAUGGCCCAGGAGAUUUUCCGCCUGUCUCGUCACCAUAUCCAGCAAUUCCCCUUCUGCUUGAUGUCCGUGAACAUCACCCGCAUUGCGAUCCAGGCCUUAAGGGAAGAGUGUCUCUCCAGGGAGUGUAAUCGGCAGCAGAAGGUGAUCCCAGUGGUGAACAGCUUCUAUGCCGCCACCUUCCUCCACCUUGCUCAGGUCUGGAAGACACAGCAGAAGACCAUCUCGGACUCAGGCUUUGUCCUCAAAGACUUGGAAGCGUUGGCCAAGAAGAGCCCAAGGCGGCUGCUCAAGACCCUGGAGAUCUACUUGGCCGGCGUAUCGAAGGGACAGGCCUCCUUGUUGGCAGCGCAGAUGUGCUAUAGGGCACAGGCCCCUCGCUCCAAGGAUCUCACUUUCACGGGUGUGUGUGACCUGCCCCCGCCCUCCUCCAAAAGCACACGGCUGAGCUGACCAACCUGAGGCUGGCUGGCUGAGGGACUGCAAGGCUGGGCCGCCGGCAGGCCAUGUCAGGAGCACCCUGCCUGGGCCAGGCCCUUCCCAUCUCAGCAGAAGGGAUGUAGGCAGCUCCCAGGCCUGGUCAGAGGAACCGAGGACACAUCGGGCAUUCAGACUUGACCCACUCCCUACAGAUCUGCUUCCGAGCAAGAACUUUGCUGGAACCUUCGUUGGGCCACAGGUUACCAAGUUGGGUUCCAGGUCAUCUUGAUGAGAAUGAAAGGAUCAUGAGGUGGGAGAGCCCCAUCUGGAUGUUCACACAUCCCCACAUUGAAGGACAUUCCUAAGCAGGGCUUUCAGGCCUGUGCUGGCUAUAACAGGGACCAGACAGGAACACAGGGUAGUUAGAAUUUGAAGGGAGAAGCUAGCAGUGGCAGCAGCCAACAGGGGGCAGCAUGAACCAGACCAAGCUACCCAAGGCUGCAGCUGGGCUGGCUUCACUCUCCUCCAUCCAGCAGGCCAGUACCUGGGUCCCCCUGGGGUUUCUGACCUUGUAUUUAUCCCACUCUCCUAUCCCCGACCUCUCCUCCCUGCGUUGUGUCUCCACUGCUGCCCAGCCGCCUCCCAGCUGGGCUUCUCCGUGGAGCCUGCGCAGUUCCCAUCAGAGAUGGUUUUCUAGUCUGGCUGAGGGAAGGAGGACGUUCACACAUCAGCAGUUACUGAAUAAAAGAGUUGUUCUGGGA